UGCCUGUGGUGCCCCAGAAUCCGCCCUCCUUGCCUAUAUGCCAGCAGCGCUCGCCACUCGCUGUCCGAGAAGGCCAGUCCCCUAGCCCAGAACGAAGGCGCUCCAAGCCACCCACCCCUUUAACACUGCCUACACUGGUGCGCGCACUACAAGCUUGUUGCCUUGCGCUGCCUUGAUCACCUCAAAAGGCCUCCCAUCUCCCACUGGUCGAGUGUUCUGGACGUUCCCGUCUUCACCUCUCCCGAACAGCCUCCAGCUCGUUCUGGACACGACAGCCACCAUGAACGACCUCAACGAAACCGGCGCCGAACUCCAGCUCAGCGAUGUCUCUAUUGUCGUUUCGGCCCUUUUCAAGGACGAAGACAGCAUCGAUGCCACCACAGACAACUUCAAGGAUACUGGUGCGGACUCCUGGAACAGUGAUGACAAUACCAACAUUUCGUACCUUUCCGGAGACGAGAACAGCAUCAAUGUCACCACCUUCAAGCCUGGCAGAUACUUCGUGCCCUUCCACGACAGCAGAAGUGCGCAGGACGGCGAGCACAGUGGCCGCCUCUAUGUUGUCUUGAAGAAGGGCAACACAGGUUGCAGCGCGGGCCAGGACACCGAUGAACAAUUCGCACACGCCACGUUCGUCGCCCGUUUCACGCGGUACACACCCGAACCUUCCGCCGAGAGUUCCCAGCUCGUAACUCCUAUCCUCUACGUACAUCCGAUUACUCGAACCGUUACAGGCGAACGACUUCACGAUGAGGGCAAGAUCAUACUUCCGAACAUUCAAUUAAUGGAAAAUUGCCUCUCCGGGAAGGCCGACGAGGAAUUAGGAGAGACAUAUAUCCUUAAUACGGAACAGUAUCAGGCCUUGCAAAAAUUGGUCGACACACUCACCAACGACAUAAACGAUCUUCUCAUGAUCUGUGAACAUCCGAACGCAUGGGCUGACACGAAGCGGCUCAUUCUCGACAAGGGAGUUUUGCGUAGCUGGUGGUCACAAGGGACAGUCCCAUUGCUGGGGUGAGUCAUAUCUUACUACAAUGAGACUCCUGAUCACGCAUGGUCAGUCUUGCUACAACGCAUACAGGAACUCAAUUAUCUGAACGAGAAUAUUCCCACGUACAAAGCCUUUUUCGCGCGGUGUCUCGGUCACUUAGCACGGGUGGCCAGGUGUAUGUCGCCUCUCCAGGAAGAGAAGGAUCAGUGGGCUGGA